GUUAGCUUCCCGUCGAAGCAAACUGAUGCCUAGAUAAAAAUGUUCGUUCAACAAAUUUAGCUUUUGCUUUAUGGAUACAACUAUUUGUUAACGAGAAACAAUAUUUAUCUGUGCAUUAAGAGAUUUCACAAGUAGGAACUACGAGAAAAAAAAACUUCCAACUAUCUUUUAGUUGAAAAUGGAGCCAAUGGAUUCUGGCAAGAAUGAUGAGAACAAUGUGUACUCCUCCAGUAGACGCAUUUCCUCGAUUCUUAAAGUGCCACGGAAAUCCAUUAUAUUCCAAGAUCCAGAGCAACGGGAAAAUGAGGUUCAAUGUGCCAAACCGAGUGAAAAAAGAAAUUCCAGAAGAGUUAGCUUUGCACCAGCUAAUGAUGUUCUUCUUUUUUCCAAGGAUGAGAAAAAUGCCUCGUCUCUCCAAAGUCCAUUCCAAGCAUUAAUGUCUACAGAAAACCCAAUGCAAAAAAGUGUCCAGGUACUAAUAGGUGAAGAUAGGAUUCAACAAAUAAAAGGAAUCUCACAUAUAUUUACACCUCUUCAUGCCACUGAACUAAUUGGAAAGGACAACUUUGAAACCGGGCAAGGCAUUGGAGAGAAAUCAGUGGUUUAUUUUGAGAAUGAUGUCUUCAUGGAGAUGACCCAAAGUCACAGUAUCAACAUUUCUCAUCAUGAUAAUUUAGACACCCCAGAGAGUAAUGCAAUCAUCUUGGAUUCUUGUGGAAAUAUGAGCUCUGCUGAUAGAGAAUCCAUGGGGAUGAGCUUAAAUCAUAGCACACACCUUGCUAGAGGGUUGCAAAUGCCAUGCACUGGCAGAAUUGCAGAUUUCAGAGCUACGUCAUCAGCGUCAGGUUUGAAUCCCUCCUCCAACAACUUCCAACAAUCCCUUUCAAAAUCUUGUGGAUCAAAUGUGACACUUUUGGAAACAUCACAUACACGAAUGCCCCAGAUUAAAAGCCAGAGGGUAGACCUAAAUAAGGAAAAUCAAGCUCCAGUUUAUUUUGAAAAUGGGAAAUCGCCUCAUAAUUCCAGGAAUAUUGGUCUCUCUCAAGAUGAUGAUGAUGACAUGGAUAUAACAGCUACUCAUGCAGGAUUGGCAGAUGAUGCUGAUGAUCCUUUUCAGUGUCUUUUUCCCACACCAAAAAUGUACUCCCGGUACGAUACUGUGUCACAAGAAAGAAACAACCCAAAGACUCCACAGAAGCAGACCAGCAUGACGCAAGAAUCAUCUAACCAAAAAGCAGCAUUUGGAAACAGGUAUGACAAGGGAAACACUGAAGAUACUCUUCAGAUAACUGAUACAAUCUCAUUCAAGAAUCAGUCUUCUCAUGCUAGUGAACAGCAAAUGUACAAUUUAAAACAACAAUGCACAGAGAAUACAAAAUCCACAGCCGACGACACCUGUAUGGACAUUACACAAAGCUAUACUGUGAAAAUAAUGGAUGAGCUGUCAUCUUCCUCAACCCCAAAUUUGGGAAUUUCUUUCAAUGGAGGAAAAACAGACAUUUCACAAUCCUCUACGGAAAGGAAACAUGAAGAAACAGCUGCCCAACCGGUUUCAUCAGACAUCAGUUUGGACCCCAAAUUCAAACAAUUUCUUGCAAGCGUCUUUAAACCCGAAUGCCAAAGGGUUAUUUCUGGAGAUGCACGCAUGUCUCAAAUUAAGGAAGCAAUUGAGCAACCCAAAGAGGACCUGAGCAAGGUUAUAACAAGAUUUCAAAAAGGUGGUCUUCUAGGAAAUACAGGAACUUAUGAGACACUCCAAUAUCCCCUGCUUGAACAAAAAAUGCAACCUCAAGUUGGACAAACAAAAUUUCAACAGCUGUGCUCUGAUCGACAGAGGUCAUCCUAUGUUACAGGGAAUGGAACCCCAUCGAAGGUGAAACAUCAGAUUAAUUCUUCUACUCAAGAGGACUGCAGAGAGCAAUCAGUGAGAUUUGCUGUUGACAAGGCCCACUUGGAUAACACUCAAAGUCACUCUGUUAACAUGGCUCCUGUGUUCACAAUGCACUCACGCAGUGAUGAAAGAACAGUGAAGUUCUCAGCAAAUAAUGCCACUAUUGAUGUGACGCAAAACCUUAACGUUAAUAUUGAUGCUCCUUUUGAUGCAUCCUCUAAACAACGAGCACACAAAAGGGUUUCUGCGAAAGAUGCAGCAAUGGAUAUGACGCAAAGCCUCAAUGCAGCAAUUGUAUCAGGAACACACGCAAAUGUAAACUCUUUAACUGCUGGAGGAGAGAAAACUAUCAGGUUUUUAGAAAAUGACACAGUGAUGGAUAUGACACAAGGCCUCACUGUAAUGAUCUAUGCUCCCGUUGAACCAGAAGCACAAAAUAUUGUCAACUCUGCUGAAAGAGAUAACAGUAUAGGGUGUUCAGUAAAUGACGUGCCAAUGGUUAUGGACCAGAAACUCACCUCAAUAAUUGACACUCACUAUGAACCAGAAGCAGACAGGCAUUUACACUCUGUAUCUGGUAAAGGAGAGAAAACAACAUAUGACGCAGCGAUGGACAUUACUCAAAGUCUAAUCGCUGUAAAUGAUACUCCAUUUGAAGGAGGAGAUCACAAAAAUGUCCACUCUGAACCUGCAAGAGAAGAGAAAACGCACAGGUUUUCAGCAAAUUACACUGCAAUGGAUUUUACACAAAACCUGACCGCAAACAUCGCAACUCAUUUGGAACCAGGACCACAUCAUAAUGGUAACUUUUUGCCAGUUGGUGGAGAGAACACCGCAGCAUUGGAUGUAACAAGGAGUCUGACUACAACUAUUGAUACUCAUUUUGAACCAAAACAGCACCAAGUUGUGAACUUUGCCCUUGCUGGAAGAGAGAAAACUGUCAUAAAUUCAGCAAAUGGUACAGCAAAAGACAUAACUGCAAACAUGGUUGCAAAUUUGGAACCAGGCACAAACCAGAAUUGUAACUUUUUACCUGCUGAAAAAGAGAACACUAUAAGAUUCUCACCAAAUGAUGCAGCAGUGGAUGUGAGACGGAGCCUUGCCACAAAAAAUGAUACUCCUUUUGAACCAAAAGAACACCAAAAUGAAGUAAACUUCAUAACGACUGGAAAAGAGACUAUAACCAGGAACUUGGUGAAGGACAGAGGGAUGGAUGUGACAAGAAAUCUUACUGAAAACAUUGAUAAACAUUUAAGACCAAGAGCAUACCAAAAUGGCAGCGUUGUUGCUAAUGGGGUAAAAAAGACUAUCAAGUUUUCAGCAAAUGACGAUUUGACAGAUUUGACACAAAACGUUGAUGCACCUUUUGAACGUGAAGCCCAUCAGAAUGUUCACUUUGCCCCUGUUGGAGGAGAGAAAACGAUGUGUUUUUCAGGAAAUGAUGCAGCAUUGGAUGUAACAAGGAGUCUCACUACAAUUAUUGAUACUAAUUUUGAACCAAAACACAACCAAAGUGUUAACUUUACAACAGCUGGAAGAGAGGAAACUGUCAGAAAUUCGGAUAAUGACACAGCGAAAGAUGUGUCACGAAACCUGACCGCAAAUAUUGCUACACAUUUGGAACCAGGACCACAUCAUAAUGGUAACUUUUUACCAGCUGGUGGAGAAAACACCGCAGCAUUGGAUGUAACAAGGAGUCUGACUACAACUAUUGAGACUCAUUUUGAACCAAAACAGCUCCAAAUUGUUAACUUUGCCCCUGCUGGAAGAGAGAAAACUGUCAUAAAUUCAGCAAAUGGCACAGUGGAAGACGUGAAACGAGACAUGGCUGCAAAUUUGGAACCAGGUACAUACCAGAAUUGUAACGUUUUACCUACUAGAAAAGAGAACACAAUAAGAUUCUCAACAAAUGAUACAGUAAUGGAUGUAAGCGGGAGCCUCACCACAAAAAAUGGUACUUCUUUUGAACCAAAAGAACACCAGAAUAUAGUAAACUUCAUACCGACUGGAAAAGAGACUAGUAUCAGGAAUUUAGUAGAGGAUGGAGAGAUUGAUUUGACAAGAAACCUUACUGAAAACAUUGCUGACCAUUUAAGACCAGGAGCAUACCAAAAUGGCAACUUUGUACCUCCUGUUGUAGAAAAAACGAUCAGGUUUUCAACAAAUGACAUUUCGAUGGAUUUGACACAAAGCAUUGAUGCUGCUUUUGAACACUUUACCCCUGCUGGAGAAGAGAAAAUGCUGUGUUUUUCAACAAAUGAUGCAGUUAUGGCUACAAGGCAAAGAAUCCCUCCACACAUUAUUUCACGUUUGGAACCAGGAGUAAAUGACAACGAGCCUAACAGAGCAGAGAAAACUAUGAGGUUUUCACCAAAUGAUGUGACGCAAAACCACAUUACAAACAUUGAUGAAUAUUUGGAACCAGCUUCACACCAGGAUGUCGACCUUAAACCUAAUGUUAUAGAGCAGUCUAUGAAAUAUACAGAAAAUGAUGCUAUGGAAGUAACACAAAGUGACACCAUAAAUGCAGCACAUCCCCAACAAAACACAGAAUGCUUAACCUCUGAAGGAGAGAAGACUACAAGACAACUACAAUGUAGUACCAAUGAUGUGUCUAUGGAUAUGACACGAAGUCACACUGUAAACAUUACUGAUGAUUUAUUAUCCAGUGGUGUUCCUCUUGCCAAGAAACAAGGCGAGCUGCGUGGUCUCCAAAGAAAAACAUCUUUAUCAAUACUCAAUUUCAAUCCAGGACAAAUUCACCGUAUGUUCACCAAAACAGACCCUACAGCAGAGCCUUCUUUUGAAGAAACUGUUGAAACAAAAAACUUGAUCUCAGCUCAGUCUAAAACAAUAAAUGAGGAUAGUAAAUAUAACAUUCCAGGGGUUGAAACACCUUGUAGUAGUCCUUUAAGUAAAAUGAAAAAAAUGGAUGACUCUUUAAAGGUAGCAGAAAGUGAUGUAAGCCUCAAACCAGAAGAAAUUGAAACAGGUUGCAUUUUUGGAGUCGGAUGCUCAAACGAGCCGCCACAGUUUGAUACAUCAACACAACAUAAUUAUACUGAUGUUCAAGAGAACAGGGAAGUCACUUCACAAAAGACCAGUCAAGAGCUUGCACUAUCCUAUCAAGAUGUAGUAGAAAAACCAGAUGCCUUAGGCUCUAAAGAAGAAGAGAAUAGGAAAGAAGCUGCAUACGGAAAUGAAACCAGUCCUUUGCCACAGAAAUUAGAUUCACCUAAUUCUGGUCAAAAUGGUAGGGAUUCAAAGAUAUCCAGACGAGUCAGUUUGGUUGAGCUUCAGUCAAAACUGAGGCGUUUGAAAUGUAGAACUUCUGAGACUUUUGCUUCAGACAUUUGCACUGCACCUUUGCCUGAUUUGGACUCUGACGCAAACAGAAACACAAAAGACUGCAAUGUUAUCGUACCUGAAGAGGUGCCAGAUGUUAAAACAGGCUUAGAAAACACUCAGGAUGAGCAUACACAAUAUGAGGUGAAAGAAAAAACAACUGUACCAACUCCUUUCAAAACUAAGACUACAGAACUGAGGUCAAGACUGUCAGUAGGAGCCUUCACGCCAAAACUGCCACAAAGAAGCCGAACUAACGAACUACAAAAUGCAGAAUCCAGCUAUAACCACUCCCAGGAAAAAUCUGGGUAUAUUGCAGCAAUCGACAAUAUUACCAAUAAAUUGAACAAAUGGAAUGAUAUUGAUGCGAGUGAUAUUAAUGAUGAAGAACUCGGUAGCUGUGAAGAUUUAUCAGAAACUCUGGAUAUAAAAAGUCCCCUUGGGAUCUCAGAUGUCAGGAUCCCUUAUCAAAAAUUCAACAUUGAUGAAAACUUGCAGGAGAAUGUUUUUCAAGAAAACAGCCCAGUUGGUGCCAAGGGAAUCAAGAGACGCUUGCCAUCAGAUGAAAACAAUACAGAGGAUGAAAAGAAAAUGAAGGCGUCCGAUCAGGUGUCCCAUGAGGCUGUAGAAACGACUAAUAUUCAGGAAUAUGAUGGUGUGAACGUCACUUCUUUGCCAACCAUGUCAAACCAGGUGAUGGAUUCUUCCAGCACUACUCAUACAAACAGUACCCAUAGUGACUGCUCUACUUUUAAACAUAGCGUGUUUGAGUCCCAGUUUGAAGACAGUGAUGUGAAGAAAUUGGAAGAUGGCACUCUGACGGUGAUGGAGUUCUUUAAACUCUUCGGCAUAGACUUUGUGAUCCAUAAACCCCGGCAAAGCAUAAAUCCCGGCAACCUUUCACAUGACACUGGUUGCUCACCAAUGGCUGUAUUGAAAAACAGACAUAUAAAUCAUCCCAAACAAAUGGUAUAUGAAGCUGAUUUGGAGAAUCUCUCUGAAAAGGUCGAAGGGUUAUAUUCCAAAAUGAUGCACUUAAACAAACCUCUCAAGGACAUCAAUAAACAUUUGUGGGAAGAGUUAAAAAAAUCUUCAGAAAAGGAGAUCAGCUCUUUCGGUGUAAAAUUAAAAGAGAGAAACAAUUUCUUCAGAAGGAUCAGCAAAGUCCGCUCACAUGAAAUGAAGGAAGUCCUGUACUCGAAUCUUCUACAGACUACGACGGAUGAACAGGAGAAGUUAAGCAGUACAAUUGCGGAAUCUGAAGAGAUGAUCAAAAUUCUGGAUGGCUGUAUUGGUGAUUUGGAAGCAGAACUUGAAGCAGUUGAAGAAAAAGGAACUGAAAAAAAGCCUAGCAUUAAGUCACUCCAGGAAGAUAUAAAAAAUCUGAAUGGGACUUUGGAUGACAAAAAACGACAGAUAUAUGAACUGGAGGUGCAGACAAAACAGGCUUCAAAAAAAUUGGACAUUUUGAAAGCUGAGACAAAACACCUUCAGGGCUUCGUGGGCAUGCUCAAUAUUGUCAAUGAAUGGCGAUUCAAAGAGAAGACUGACAACUGCACAGUAUACACUUUCCUCAAUGACACAUUGCAACUACAGUUGGUGCACGAAGGAAAUUGUGCUGAUAAUGAACCUGAGAGGAAAAUGUCACACAUCAAUUUCAAAUUUCUUCUUGAUGAUGAAAAAUCACAGGACCAUGCCCGGUUGGUUCACAAACUGCUUUCUCAGUACAUUGAGGCUGAAACGGCAUGGGUGGAGAAGUACCCAACAUUUAGAUAUGUUCCAAAGCUCCUCCAUGACGUGUCCCUGGUAGUGAGUCACUGUCGUCUCUUGGGGGAGGAGUUACGACUGAUGAAAAUGUGGGGAGGUUUACGACUAAACAUUGAGGACAUUAGCUGUGUGGACAGUCGAAUUAAUAUUAUCUUCAGCAGUCUGAAGAGAGUUUCCAAGUUUGAGGUCACUUUUUCGGUCAGCUUGGUCAACCACUUGUAUGGUCUUCAUCUGCAAGUCUUCAAAAACUUCUUUGGAGAUACAACAGCCCGGCAGAUCGAACAGAUAGUGGAAUCAUUCAGUCCGGCCAAGAAGCUCCUGACAAAGAUUGUCAAAAAAAUUAAUUGUGACUUACUUUGUUGAGAUCUUUACAGUAUGCUCUUUUUUUCAAGUGACAGAUGUUCCUCUGUUUUUUUCUGCUCGCAAUUCAGUCUGUUAGUGUGUAGUCUUUGCAGUCCCCUGUAGAUGGCGACCGUGUUCUACUUGGUUGAAAUGACUUUUCAUUUUAGGAAAAAAGUGAAAAUUGAUGUAAAUACAAUACAGUAUGUCCUAUUUUGCCUUAACAUAUUUUGAGUGUGGUUAGUUAAUUCUUUGUCCCAUCCAUUCAAUUUCACUUUAAUGGUGAUGCAUUUGUAUUUUAAAUAUACUGAAGUUGUUUAUUAAAAUGGAUAUGUUGCCGCCAUUGCUUGUGUUCUGCAGUUUUUGUGGGGUUUAAUGCAUUUUCAUGUUGUUUACAAUAGACAAAUGCAAACAAUACUAAAGCUAAUGUCUGUAGUAAAGUAUGUGAAUGAGUUUAACUUAUUUAUUUCUACGAACAGACUGGCUUAAGUGAAUACAACACCUCAUUCAAAUAGCCGGUUUUUGUGAGAUACAGUUGUAGUCUAUAUUACAUUUUUUGUUUAUUUGUUUUUUAAAAUACAAAAAAGCACCAGUAUUUUGGGGGCUAAAACCGAAUAAUGGCAUUUGAAUUAAUGACGGUGAUUUUUUUAUUUUAUUUUUUUAAAAACUGAUUCAUGAUUGAAAAUAUGAAAAAAAUGGUACCUUUUCGUUCUGGGAAAUAAGACUGCUUAAGUACCGCCUAGUGGCUAUAUAUGGAUGUGCCAGUUGUAGUUAAACCCAU